ACUCCUAAUGCAGAGAUGGUUGUUCAAAAUCAAAGGAGUGGAAAGAUGAAUCAAACUACCAUCAAUGAUGCCUAUAAAAAGGAAGCAAGAGAAAGAGCUUGUAUGCUUAUCACAAGAUGGAUGUAUGAGGCUGCUAUUCCAUUUAAUGCAGUCACAUAUCCGAGUUUCCAACCAAUGAUUGAGGCUAUUGACCAAUAUGGUGUGAGUAUGAAGGGACCAACUUUUCAUGAGGUAAGAGUUACUAACCUUAAGAAAGAAUUGGCUCUCACAAAAGAUUUGAUGAAAGAUCAUAUGGUGGAAUGGGGGAAAAAUGGAUGUUCAAUUAUGUCGGAUGGAUGGACCGAUAGGAAAGAGAGAACUUUGGUGAACUUUUUGGUUAAUUGUUCAAAGGGAACCAUGUUCAUGCAAUCCAUUGAUGCUUCUUCAAUGAUUAAGACGAGAGAAAAGAUGUUUGAGUUACUUGACAAAUGGGUAGAGCAAGUUGGUGAGGAGAAUGUUAUUCAAGUUAAAACAGAUAAUCACUCAAGUUAUGUGAUGGCAGGGAGGUUGUUAGAAUUAAAGCGCCCACAUUUGUAUUGGACACCAUGUGCUGCACAUUGCCUUGACUUGAUGUUGGAAGCUAUUGGAAAGCUACCAAACAUCAAGAGGACAUUGGAGAGGGCUAUAUCACUAAAUGGGUAUAUUUAUAAUCGCUCAGGGCUACUCAACAUGAUGAGGCGGUUUACUAGACAAAGGGAAUUGCUUAGGCCUGCUAAGACUCGGUUUGCAACUGCUUUCAUCACAUUAUCGCGAUUGCAUGAACAAAAAAACAAUUUGAGGAAGAUGUUUACAAGCUCGGAUUGGUCAGAUAGUAAAUGGGCAAAAGAGCAGAAGGGGAAAACUAUAGCCAACAUAGUUCUAAUGCCUUCAUUUUGGAACACUAUUGUGUUUUGCUUAAAGGUUUCGGGUCCCCUAGUUCGUGUGCUUCGUUUGCUUCAUCGGCCUUUGCAUGCAGCAGGGUACUUUUUGAACCCGGAAUUCUUCUAUGAUAAGCCAGAAAUAGAGCAUGAUGCCGAUAUUAUGAGUGAUUUGUAUAAAUGCAUCUUAAGGCUAACAAGAGACCCUACUAAGCAAGAAAAAGUUGUGGCCGAAGUGAGUUUGUUCAUAAAUGCCCAAGGACUAUUCGGGAAUGAGUUAGCUGUUAGGACAAGAAAGACUAGAGCACCAGCUGAAUGGUGGGCUGCAUAUGGAGCUUCAGCUCCAUAUUUGCAAAAGUUUGCAAUGAAAGUCCUCAACUUAACAUGCAGUGCAUCAGGUUGCGAACGGAAUUGGAGCAUCUUUGAAAAUAUUCAUAGCAAGAGGAGAAAUAGGUUAGAUCAUCAACGCUUGAAUGAUUUGGUGUAUAUUAAGAAUAAUCGAGUCUUGAAGAGAAGAUACAAUGAACAGCUGUUGGAGCUGAGGAGGCCAGGUUUGAUACUAGAGCUAGAGCUAGAGCAAGCUCAAGCAUAA